CUUUCAGUUAUAACUAAGCUCUAACAGUGGAAAAUGGCCGAGGCACUCAUCUAUGUGCUUUUGGAGCAAUUGGCUUCAGUAGUGUAUCAACACACAAAUGAAGCAGUGAAGCUGGUCUUGAAUGCUGACCAAGAUGUCAAAAGUUUCAGCAGCAACCUCAAAACCAUCCAGGCAGUGCUCGAGGAUGCAGAGAAGAAACAAGUGAUGGAGGCUAAGGUGGCAGACUGGUUGGAGAAGAUUAAAGAUGUAUCGUAUGAAAUGGACGAUGUGCUAGAUGAGUGGAACACUGAGCUUCUCAAACAACAAGUGAAGGAGGAAGCAGAUACCAAGAAGAAGGAACUGAAUGAGAAGUUAACUUCGAUAGCGGCUGACAGAGAAUUAUAUAGCUUUCAUCAUUCCGCUAUAGUUGGCCUGAUGAUCAACAACUAAUUCAACGACAGAAGACUUCAUCUUUGGUCGAUAUAUCUAAGAUAUUUGGCCGAGAUGAAGAAAAAUAGAUGUUCUUGAGCAAGUUGUUGAGAGAGAGUAACUAAGAUGAGGGAAGAUUCCUUGUCAUCCCUAUUGUAGGGAUGAGGGGAUGGGGAAAACAACUUUUGCCCAAUUAGCCUUUAACCA